AUGGAGAAGUUUGAGGAGGGUACCCAAGAUCAUCUAAAUAGAUUAACACAAGCUCUAGAAAAAUUGCAGAGCGACUCAGUUUCUCAAAAUACUCUGACCACAAGUGAAACUAAUAAACAGGAGACACUCCAGGAAGUUCGUCUUCCUACAAUUGAUCUCCUUCACUUCCAUGGUAGAGAUGAUCAGAAUUUUGAAUGCUAUUGGAAAACAUUCGACUCCUUAGUAAACUCCAAGAAAUCUAUUAGCAAACCUAAUAAAUUCCUCUAUUUGCAAAGUACCCUAGAGGGUGAAGCAAAAGCAGUUGUCGAACACCUAGUCCCUAGUGAUGAGGACUACGAUACUGCUAUUCAGUUACUAGAAGUUAAUUACAGCAAUAAAGAAAUUGCUAUUGCUAAUCUUUAUUAUAAGUUAAGAGCGAUACCUACACCAGAUACCACCCCUGAAGCUCUACAAGAAUUUAGGCUCCAGGUAGAGUCUCUAAUUAAAGCUCUAGGUGUCAAAGCAGAUGUACCUAAAGCAGAGUGGGUAUUGAAAUUAGAAAUACAGAGUAAGUUUCCUAAGGAGAUUCUAGCAUCCAUCUGUUCCCAUUAUAGAACAGAUAUCCUAUCCUUAGAUGAAAUUUUCGAGGGAUUAAGGAUAACAGUUAAUCGACUGAGAGCUCAUGAGAAAAUAAUAUCUGACACUGACAAAUCAACCACUGAUAAAACAGUCAAAUCCAAAGGUACCUCCAAACAGCCUAAUAAAUCUAAAACCGCUACUUCCACUCCAAGAUGGAAGAAUACUACAGUAGGUACCUACACUAUCAGCCCUUCUAAACCUGUAGUCCAUAAGUCACCCAAGUUAGUGACUCCUACAUCUACUACAGGAAGGAGAUGCUGUCUCUUUUGCCAAGAGAGUCAUACUAUUUAUCAGUGUCAAAACUUUCCUGAUCGCGUUUCUAGGAUAAAGCGCCUCAAGGAAUUGCACAAGUGCACCAGGUGCUUGUUGCAACACGAUCCUAAUACAUGCACCACCCCAUUACACAUAUGUAACAGGUGCCACCAGGAUCAACAUCAUUCAGCAUUGUGUGGAGUUGAUAGGCCUAAAUCACCAAAACUCCAGGUGGAACAGGAUACUUCCACCAUUGUGCAGUGUUGUAAGGUGCGACAGGAGGUUAAGGUGCUUAACACCAAGUCUCGUAAUAAUGCCGUAUUACCUACUGCACAACUACAAUUAAAUAGUAAGAAUUCUAGAAUCACUACAAGAGGUCUAUUCGACCAGGGAUCCCAGAGAACGUUCAUCACUCAACAAGCAGCUAACCAGCUGAAACUUAAACCCUUGUGUAAGGUGACAUUGAACAUAUCAGGAUUCCUAGCAGAUACUGGACCUCAAGAAUUUGAAGUAGUACAACCACUAGUACGCCUAGGCGGUUAUGUCCGACCUGUUAAGGCCAUAGUAGUUAAUCACAUCCCUCUUGACAUGAAUGUCAAAGGUCUAAGAGACACAGCCAAAUUUUUACAGAAAAAUAGAAUCAAGUUGGCUGACUCCAAGAUAAAGUCUGACCACCUCACCAAUGUAGAUCUAUUAGUAGGGGCAGACCAUUAUUAUCAGUUCAUUACUGGAACUACAAGCCAGCAUGGAAUGAACUUGUUGAAUUCAGCAGGAGGCUACUUACUUACAGGUAGAGUCUUGAACCUGAGGAAGCCUAUGCCAGCUGACAACCAACAUUAA